AUGAAUCGUUUUAUCGCAAUGCAGCUUCCGCUUAUAUUAAUCUUUAUCUACUCGGUAUAUGGUAUAAAUAUACAAAGGCAAUCUGCAUUCGUUUACUCGAAUUUGCCCAGGUUGACGCUAAAAUCCAAUGGAAGACUGUGGAUGUCCGAUGAUUCCAUGCCAGAUGACUUUUUUAGCAAUGAAAAUCAACAUUACUUCAAUCAAGAUAAUGAUUUCUCCAGAGACAGACAGAAUUUAAGGGGCUAUACCGUAAAUCAAGUCACAAUUUUGGGAAGAAUAGGGCACAUUCAUGAUCCUAUUAGUUUUAAUAGAGGAAAAUGCAUUAAACUUUCAGUAGGUACUUCUGAGCGCAUGAAGAACGGGGUCGCUUUCACCGACUGGCACAGGGUUAUAGUUUAUGGCGAUAGGACUGUGGAUUACAUAUCUAACUUUGCAAACGUUGGUGAGCGAGUCCUGAUUAUUGGUAGCUUGCGGUAUUUCCAAAUGAACUCAGAUGGAGCGGAUAAUUCAUUCAGAAAGAUAGCUGAAGUAGCAGUUAAUACAUACAACGACGCUCAUAAGAUCAUCUUUUUAUCCAAGAAGAUGCGAGAAUCAAAUGGCCAGUUUGAAGAAUCAUUUAAUAACGAGGGGAACUUUGGAAUGGGAGGAGAGACUGAAAAUUAUAUCGAAUGA